UCGAGCGAGCGUUGUGCGGACUCUGUCACUUGGUCCUCUUCAGUCCUCCACAGUCCGCCUCAGUCCGCCAGCAUCCCCGAGGAAGAAGUGUUCCAAGCCGGACUGGCCCCGCAGGUGCGGCUGAGUAGAUCCGGUGAAGCGGUCGGACAAGUCGGAGCGGACCUUUUUUUUUUUAUUUAAUUUUAUUUUUUUUAAUUUUAGUUCCCACCACCCGCCCGCCCGUUUAAAGCCCGAACAAUCACGGCCACAUUCGGACAAUGUCCACUCGAUCCGCUGCAUCCUGCCCGCCGACCAUGGAUCCUUCGGCGGCGUGACGCACACGCAGCGAGCCGGUGACGGCGGAGAAAAGUGACGUCUCGGGUGGAAUAUUCUUGUGGAUUUCUUCUGUGGACUUUCAUCUUCUCGGGAUUCUUCUUUGCUUUUUUUUUUGCUUUUUUUUUUUUUCCGACCUUCCAAGUCCGGAGCUUCUUCUCGGACGCCGAGGACGCGCGGAGCCUGUAGCCGGGCUGGAGCGUUCCAAGCCGGGGGACUGCGCGCCCGACAGCCGCUGCAGAACGCUGCGGGCGCGUCCCGUCAUGGCGGCGCUCGUCCCGCUCUACCUGGCGGCGGUCCUGCUGGCGUCGUGCGGCGCCGCGCCCUCCGACGUCCCGUAUCGCAUCCCGGAGGAGCAGCCGCCCAACACGCUGGUAGGCAGCCUGGCGGCGGACCGGGGCCUCCCCGACACGGGUCACCUGUACAAGCUGGAGGUGGGCGCGCCCUACCUGAGGGUGGACGGCAAGACGGGCGACAUCUACACCACCGAGAUCCCCAUGGACCGCGAGACGCUGAGGGACUGUCGGAACCUCUUUGAGGGCGACAAGUGCUACCUGGAGUUCGAGGUGUCCAUCACGGACAUGGUGAAGGGCAUGGGCUCGGGGCCCCGCCUCAUCGAGGGCCGCAUCGAGGUCCUGGACAUCAACGACAACACGCCGCAGUUCUCCUCGCCCAUCCUCACCUUGUCCAUCCCCGAGAACACGCACGUGGGCGCCCUCUUCUCCAUCCCCAUGGCGACCGACAGGGACUCGGGCGUCAACGGCGUGGCCGAGUACUCGCUGAGCACGGGGCCCGACGCCGACCGCCUCUUCAGCCUGCAGGUGGCGGUGGACACGGACGAGAAGCUGCCCCAGCUGGUGGUCAUGGGCAACCUGGACCGCGAGAAGAAGGACUCGUACGACCUCAACAUCCGGGUGGUCGACGGCGGGAGGCCGGCCAGGGCGAGCAGCGCCUUGCUGAGGGUGGUGGUCACCGACCAGAACGACAACGCCCCCAAGUUCGAGAGGAGCCACUAUGAGGCCGAACUGCCCGAGAACAGUCCUCAGGGACACUCCGUGCUGCAGGUCCGGGCUAACGAUGCAGACACUGGCACCAACGGAGAGAUAGACUACAGCCUGCAUCAGAUGUCGGAGGCUGUCCAGAGGCUUCUACGCAUCGACCGAUCCACAGGAGUCAUCUACGUCAAAAACCAGGUGGACCGUGAGGAAGAGAACUUCCUCAAGUUCUUCGUUGUAGCCAAAGAUCGCGGGCCCAACUCCAAGAGCUCCAAAGUUCUGGUGACCCUCACCGUCAGGGACCAGAACGACAACGCUCCCACCAUAGAGAUCCGCGGGAUCGGCCUGGUGACGCACCAGGACGGCGUGGCCAACAUCUCUGAGGACAUGCCGGUGGGCACGCCGGUGGCACUUGUCCAGGUGUCCGACCGUGACGAGGGGGAGAACGCGGUGGUGACUUGUGUGGUUGCGGGUGACGUACCCUUUCAGCUGCAACCUUUAAGCCAGUCGGCAAAUGACAAAAGAAGGAAGUACUUCCUGCAAACGACCACCUUGCUGGAUUAUGAGCGGGUCAAAGACUACAGGAUUGAAAUAGUCGCAGUCGAUUCUGGCAACCCUGCUUUGUCCAGUGCCAACUCCCUAAAAGUCCAGGUAACAGAUAUGAAUGACAACACCCCCAGCUUUUCUCCAGUCUUGAUGGAAGUGGAUUUCGCAGAAGGGAACCAGCCUGGUGACAAGGUUCUGAAUGUAGAGGCGACAGACGCAGACAGCGGCUCCAACGCCGAGCUGGUCUACAGCAUCAUUGAACGCUCCGCCUCCGGGCUCUUCGAGAUCGACGCCAACACCGGAGAAGUUCACGUAAAGAACCUGCUGGACCGGGAAGACAUGGAACGUUACGAAUUUCGCGUGGCUGCGGCGGACAAGGGCUUUCCGAGCAGAACGGGCACAGCGACAGUAGUGAUCAACGUUCUGGACCGCAAUGACAAUGACCCCAAAUUUAUGCUCAGCGAUUACAGCUUCUCCGUCAUUGAGAACAUGCCUCCUCUUAAUCCUGUCGGUGUGGUCACCGUUUCUGACAUGGACAAGGGCGACAACGCACUAGUGAAGCUCUUUGUGGAGCCGGACAAUGGCAAGUUUGUGAUCCAGAAUGGCACCGGAAACAUCUUGUCAAGCAUCUCCUUUGACCGUGAGAAGGAAAGCACCUACACUUUCCGUCUGAAAGCAGUGGAUUCUGGCGAUCCCCCACGAUCCUCCUAUGUGGGUGUGACCAUUAAUGUCCUGGACGAGAACGACAACGCCCCCUAUGUCACCAAACCCGCAAACUCCUCCUACACAUACCUGACCCCUGACACCGCCCCAAACACCCGUGUAGAGGUGGUGGAGGCCGAGGACAUUGACUCUGGGCCCAAUGCUGAGCUGGUCUACACAAUCACUGGGGGGAACCCGUAUGGACUAUUUCAUAUUUCCCCCACCACAGGCGAGAUCACCCUGGCGCAGGCGUUCACCGGGGAGCACAAUGGACUACACCGGUUGGUGGUGCAAGUCAAGGACAACGGCAAACCACCCCGCCACACGACCGCACUGGUCCACGUUUUUGUCAAUGACACCAAGGCCAACGUGUCGCUCAUUGAGGUGCUGGUGGGACAUAGCAUGUACACCCCCCUGGACAGAGACAUUGCUGGAGAUCCCAACUACGCCCUCGCCCAGCGCAGCAACAUCCUGUACGGAAGCCUGGCGGGAAUAGCCGUAGUCAUUCUGGUCAUCGUGGCUGUAGUGGUCAUCCGACACCGACUCCAAAAGGACACAAAGAGUGGCUACCAGGCGGGAAAGAAGGAGAGUAAAGACCUGUACGCCCCUAAGCAGGGACCCAAAAACUCCAAAGGUAAAAAGAGCAAGAAGAACAAAGCUCCCAAACCUGCUAAACCGCUGGAGGAGGACGAGGAGGCCACCCUUCAGAAAAGCCUCAAAUUCAACCUCAUCAACGACACGGUCAGUGACAGUCCCAGGAUACACUUGCCCCUCAACUACCCCCCAGGAAGCCCCGACCUGGGCCGCCAUUACCGCUCUAACUCCCCGUUGCCCUCCAUCCAGCUGCAGCCACAGUCCCCCUCCGCCUCCAAAAAGCACCAGGCGGUGCAGGACCUCCCCGCCACCAACACCUUCGUGGGAACGGGGGACAACAACUCCACGGGCUCGGACCAAUAUUCGGAUUACAGCUACAAGGCCAACCCUCCCAAAUACAGCAACAAACAGAUGCCACAGCGCCGCGUGACCUUCUCCACAGCCAAUCAGGCGCAGGACCAGCAGCAGGAGGCGGGGCUACACACCUACUACGACAGCGGGCUGGACGAGUCGGAGACGCCCAGCUCCAAGUCGUCGUGCGGGCCACGCCUGGGACCGCUGGCGCUGCCCGAGGACCACUACGAGAGGACCACGCCGGACGGCAGCAUCGGCGAGACGGAGCACCCGGAGAACGACCUGAGGCCCCUCCCGGACGUGGCGAUGACGGGCAACUGCACGCGCGAGUGCACCGAGUUCGGCCACUCCGACUCCUGCUGGAUGCCCGGCCAGCCCUCCCCGGAGCGCAAGGCGCCCAAGAGCGCCGCCCAGCUCCCCACCUUCGUGCCUUACCAGGAGACGGGCGGGCCGGAGCAGCAGCCGGCGGCGGCGGCGGCGGCCAACGCCGGCCCUAAGCCCCUCCCCGCCGAGGAGCGCGGGGCCCGGGUGGCCAACAUGCGCUUCAUGACCCCCUACAGCAGUGCCUACCCCGCCGGCGCCGACACGUCCGGCAAAGACUGCGGGCUGGAGGAGAUCCCGCUGAGCCAGGCGGCGGAAUACCGCUCCACCGCCGCCCCCGCGGGCCACGCCUCCAAGAGGGAGAUCUACCUGUGAGGGCUCCGCCCCCUUUUUCCCCGCCUCCCCUCCACCCGACACCUCACUGCCCUGUGCCUGGCUGUGUCGCCACAGUACCCCCCGCCCCCCCUCCCUCUUACACCUUUGCUUUAAACCCCGCCCACCCCCCGGCCCAGCAGCCAAUCACCUGGAAGGAAUGUAAACAUGGUUGUGAUCUUUUAUUAGCUACUUGUCGUGAAGCCUCCUCACUCUCCGUGUCAGACGGACACUUUUCUUCCUGCCGGACAUCUUUUUAACCUUUUUAGGACCCCCCCCGUGUACAGCCAUGUAAAUACAGCGGCGUGGGCGUGGUCACGGGGGGACUCGUGCAUGUACAGAUUUAUCCUCCUUCAGUUCCCCGCCGCCAAGUCGCUUCGAUGUUUCGAUAUUUUUAAUAUUCCUUCGCUUUUUUUUGGGGGGGGGGGGGGCGUUUCGUGAACGCUCGGCACAAACAAUCCGUCGGUCCUCAGAGGAGUCGGCCCCAAAACGCCUGGGGUAAUGUGUCGUCGUCAUUCCGUUACCCGUAUAAAAAUAGUAUUUAUCCAUUUUGCGUUUUUUUUUUUGUGUUUUGUUUUUUUCUAAGCUUUAGCUGUGUCAGGUGAAGACGGGGGUCGGAGGUCUCGUCCACUUUUUGGUGCCAAUUAACCUCAGGUGACCUUUUGUGACCUUUGACACCGCUGUUGGCUUUGGCCAGCCUGAGUGUGUGUGUGUGUGUGUGGGUGUGUGUGUGUGUGUGUGUGUGUGUGUGUGUGUGUGUGUGUGUGUGUGUGUGUGUGUGUGUGUGUGUGUGUGUGUGUGUGUGUGUGUGUUCGUUCUUGUACUUACACCCUUCUUGAGACACGAAGAAGGAAAAGUAUCUUCCAUAUGAGGAGGUGAUGGUCCCAAUAAUAGAGAGCCAAAUACUAGAAUCCGUGAACAUUGCUCCAAAGUCAGGAUUUUUUUUUUGUUGAUUUAAUGUCCGUACAAAAGUAAACAUUUGGCAUUAUAUGAUAAAAACGAGACUGCAGCUAAAAAAGGCCAGCUGGGGUCCGUGAUCCCUUCGUCAUCGGCCUUAAGGACGUCACGAAAAACAUGAAACGUGAAAUCUGUCAAAAUGAAGGUCGUUCUAAAGAGGGACGUAUUUUUUAGAGGUCUCAAGAAGGUAAGAAAUACAAGAAAGUGUGUGUGUGUGUGUUCUUGUACUUCCACCCUUCUUGAGACACGAAGAAGGAAAAGUAUCUUCCAUAUGAGGAGGUGAUGGUCCCAAUAACAUUGCAUCGAAUAGAGAGCCAAAUACUAGAAUCCGUGAACAUUGCUCCAAAGUCAGGAUUUUUUUUUUUGGUUGAUUUAAUGUCCAUACAAAAGUAAACAUUUAGCAAUAUGCGAUAAAAACGAGACGGCAGCUAAAAAAGGCCAGCUGGGGUCCGUGAUCCCUUUGUCAUCGGCCUUAAGGAUGUCACGAAAAACAUGAAACGUGAAAUCUGUCAAAAUGAAGGUCGUUCUAAAGGGGGACGUAUUUUUUAGAGGUCUCAAGAAGGUAAGAAAUACAAGAAAGUGUGUGUGUGUGUUCUUGUACUUACACCCUUCUUGAGACACGAAGAAGGAAAAGUAUCUUCCAUAUGAGGAGGUGAUGGUCCCAAUAACAUUGCAUCUAAUAGAGAGCCAAAUACUAGAAUCCGUGAACAUUGCUCCAAAGUCAGGAUUUUUUUUUUUGUUGAUUUAAUGUCCGUACAAAAGUAAACAUUUAGCAAUAUAUGAUAAAAAACGAGACAGCAGCUAAAAAAGGACAGCUGGGGUGCGUGACCCCUUUGUCAUCGGCCUUAAGGACGUCACGAAAAACAUGAAACGUGAAAUCUGUCAAAAUGAAGGUCUUUCUAAAGAGGGACGUAUUUUUUAGAGGUCUCAAGUAGGUAAGAAAUUCAAGAAAGUGUGUGUGUGUGUGUGUUCUUGUACUUACACCCUUCUUGAGACACGAAGAAGGAAAAGUAUCUUCCAUAUGAGGAGGUGAUGGUCCCAAUAACAUUGCAUCGAAUAGAGAGCCAAAUACUAGAAUCCGUGAACAUUGCUCCAAAGUCAGGAUUUUUUUUUUUGGUUGAUUUAAUGUCCAUACAAAAGUAAACAUUUAGCAAUAUGCGAUAAAAACGAGACGGCAGCUAAAAAAGGACAGCUGGGGUCCGUGACCCCUUUGUCAUCGGCCUUAAGGACGUCACGAAAAACAUGAAACGUGAAAUCUGUCAAAAUGAGGGUGGUCCUAAAUAGGGAGGCAUUUUUUAGAGGUCUCAAGAAGGUAAAAAAUACAAGAAAGUUUGUGUGUGUGUUCUUGUACUUACACCCUUCUUGAGACACGCAGAAGGAAAAGUAUCUUCCAUAUGAGGAGGUGAUGGUCCCAAUAACAUUGCAUCGAAUAGAGAGCCAAACACUAGAAUCCGUGAACAUUGCUCCAAAGUCGGGAUUUUUUUUUUUUUGUUGAUUUAAUGUCCAUACAAAAGUAAACAUUUAGCAAUAUGCGAUAAAAACGAGACGGCAGCUAAAGAAGGACAGCUGGGUUGCCCAAAGUGCGGCACAGGGCCCAGCUGGGGUCCGGGACCCCUUUGUCAUCGGCCUUAAGGACAUCACGAAAAACAUGAAACGUGAAAUCUGUCAAAAUGAGGGUGGUCCUAAAUAGGGAGGCAUUUUUCAGAAGUCUCAAGAAGGUAAGAAAUACAAGAAAGUGUGUGUGUGUGUUCUUGUACUCACACCCUUCUUGAGACACGAAGAAGGAAAAGUAUCUUCCAUAUGAGGAGGUGAUGGUCCCAAUAGCAUUGCAUCUAAUAGAGAGCCAAAUACUAGAAUCCGUGAACAUUGCUCCAAAGUCAUUAUUUUUUUUGUUGUUGAUUUAAUGUCCGUACAAAAGUAAACUUUUAGCAAUAUAUGAUAAAAACGAGACGGCAGCUAAAGAAGGACAGCUGGCUUGCCCAAAGUGCGGCACAGGGGCCAGCUGGGGUCCGUGACCCCUUUGUCAUCGGCCUUAAGGACGUCACGAAAAACAUGAAACGUGAAAUCUGUCAAAAUGAGGGUGGUCCUAAAUAGGGAGGCAUUUUUCAGUCAGAGGUCUCAAGAAGGUAAGAAAUACAAGAAAGUGUGUGUGUGUGUUUUCUCUCGACUUCCUCCAAUUCCAGAUUUUAAGAGGAUGGGGGGGGGGGGGGGGGCACUGUCCCGAGCCCCCACAGCCAAUCACACGCACGAUAUCGCCGGGUCACAGAACUGGUUUCAUGCGGUUGCUCCUCCUAAGUUCUUAAUCAGUCCCUCCAGGGUUUUGAAAACUGGUGUUUUCUUUCCCUUCUAGUUCUUUCCUAAUAUAUAUUAAUAAUAUAUAUUUGUUAUCAAUGUUUGAGCUGUCCUUUGUAACUUGAAUCUCAACAUUUGUAAACAAAACAAAAAAAUUUAUUGAUGUUUUACUUGUUUUAUAGCAGACUAGAUGGCAGUAAAGGUACCCAAUCAGAACUUAA